CGCCCGGAGCGGCUUGGUGGGCAGCGCCGGCAGACAGACGGACACACAGACAGCGCGGCGGCAGCCACAGCAGCGACCAUCCGUCCGUCCGUCGCCCCGGCCAUGGGGCUGGGCCGCCCCCGGUGCCGUUGCAAACUUCUCUCCAUGACUUAAAUGGGCAUCAGAGCACGUCUCUCUGAUGGAAUGUACACACCCAGAUGAUCCAGUCCUUCAAGAACUAAAUUCCAAGGAAAAUAAUACAAUUCUUUCUACAAUUUGCUUGUUUUAUUGUAUGGCUUGCUCUCACACACAAAACCUGAAUUUUAAUUUCUGUAUGCAGAAAGACAAGGGUCUGUCUUCAGUAAAUCCUCAUCAGGAGAGGUUAGCAACAGGAAACAGAGAGGUGGAAGGAAAUUUGAAACACUGUGAGAAGGUGAAAGGAAAUGUCCUUUUUUAAGCCCAUUUGGGGAAGAUGCAGCUUCUCCCUUACGGCUGGAGGUAGUGGAGUCAAUCUGUACAGCCUAAGCCCGGGGUGGUAACUGGCAGACACCUGCUGCAGCCUUUCCUUUUUGCCUUAUGUUGGACUCUACAUUGUUCUUGGCCAGCGGUGGUGGCAGAACCCGAGGGGGAAAGAUGGUUGUGGUAAGGAGGAGGAAUGUGAAAAUGUUCACCUUCGCCUUUUUGCUCAUCACGGUGACGUCGUUUGUGCUGAACUACACACACCAGGUGACCACGAGCACCUGGGACCCCAGACAUCUCGCCGUGCAGUUUUCAGAGCACGUCCAAAAACUCUUCAAGUACCCCAGGAGACCUUGCAGCUGUCGCACGUGUAUUUCAGAGCUGGGACAUUCCCUCUGGUUUGAUCAGAGAUUUAACUCAACUAUGCAACCUUUCCUGACCUCACAAAAUGCCUUGAUCCCAGAAGACAGCUACAGGUGGUGGCUGAAACUGCAAGGAGAGAAAACUCCAAAGAGUUUGAACGCCACUCUCACAGAGCUGUUUGGGGUCAUCCCUGGGGACGGGGACCCGCUGCAGGAGCGGGGAUCCUACACCUGCAGGCGCUGCGCUGUCGUGGGCAACUCUGGGAACCUCCGGCAGUCUCAGUACGGCCAGGAUAUUGACUCCCAUGACUUUGUGCUCAGAAUGAACCGUGCCCCCACUACUGGCUACGAAUCAGAUGUUGGGAGCAAGACCACUCACCACUUUGUUUAUCCUGAGAGCUACAAAGAGCUGGCAGCAAAUGUGAGCAUGAUCCUGAUCCCCUUCAAAACCCUGGACCUGCGCUGGGUUGUCACCGCUCUCACCACAGGCACCAUCAAUUUCACAUAUGUUCCAGUUCCACGGAAAAUCAAAGUCAAAAAAGAAAAGAUCCUGGUUUAUAAUCCAUCUUUUAUGAAAUACAUCUAUGAAAACUGGCUCGAGCAUCAUGGCAGAUACCCCUCCACAGGCCUUCUGUCUUUGAUGUUUGCUCUCCAUGUGUGCGAUGAGGUGGAUGUGUACGGCUUUGGAGCAGACAGCAAAGGACACUGGCACCAUUACUGGGAAAACAACACUUCAGGUGGGGCUUUCCGCAAGACAGGAGUCCAUGAUGGGGAUUUUGAGUUCAAUAUAACUUUGACUCUUGCCUCCAUUGAAAAAAUAAAGUUUUUCAAGGGCAGAUGACCCUGGCCACGGGAACAAGUGGGGGCUGCAAUUUCCAGCAUGCAGCAGAACAAAGCUCAGUGAAGAUGAUCUAGGCACCAGCCAGGUUUAAAUGCGUGGAUCUGCAGUGGAUUUGGAGCAUCUCACACUGCAGGGAAUGAGGCCAACGACCGGCUUCCAACUGCACAUGAUUUCCUGUCUAUGGAUAGCUGGGAGCUAUCAAUCAGUUGUGGGAAUGAACUAAUCUCUACUUAAGCUCUACACCUUGAUUCUUGAAUUACUGAUGAAAGAUCUGCCUGUUGCAAUUAGGGGAAACUUGGGCACAGGAACCGCUGUCUCUGUGUCCGUUCUCUCCGUGAGCAAGGCAGGAAAUCCUUGAAGAAGAGUGAAAAAGACUUUUGGGACUUAAGACCCACUAAGGCAGCUGUGAACAUCAUACUAAGGAUUACCUCAAAGAAAUGAAUUCACUUCUGCUGUUGAUCUUCUUUUUGAACCAUCUCUUCUCUAUUCUCUAUUACUUCUGUUUUCAUGCUGUAUUAAGGAAAAACAUGAUGAAGUUGCCUGGAGUAGUAACUGUUUCAACCAUUGCCUCAUUUUGCAUUGCUAGUGUCUAGAAAAUAUGAAAUCGUCUCAUGUAUUAUUUAAUAUUGCUUCCUACACAGCCAUAAUGAUGGAGAAAAUAAUACUGAAAACUCCAGGGGAAAAAAUGGCCUUUUUAGCCACUUGUCUGUCUCGUUUGGUUAUAUGUAAUUUUGGUUCUCUUUUGGUGGAAAAUACUCUGGAUUUUUUUUUUUUAUUUAAUCAGUUCAAGAUUGGAAAGUGGACUUUUUUCAAGUCAUUUACAUGUGCCUUUUAUAAUUGUGCAACAGAUGUGAUUUUUGUUUUUAAGGUGACAAACCCUAAAUUAAACUUUUUUAUAAAAGGGGGGAAAAUUAACCAAAGUUUAGCCUCUGUCUGGUAUGCUUUUGUAGUAGAAACCUAUAAUAACAACUCCUAUAUUGCAUUUGAACAAAUGCAAACAAGACAAUUUUUAGAGGUAGCUUUUACCUUUUUUAAGGGAAAAUAUUCAAAAGUCCCAAGAAAAUUUUCUUCUUAAGUUUUUAAACAAUUAAAAUGUGGUAUCUCUUUACAAGGUCUCUAUUUGAAAUGGAAAAGAAAUCAUGGGUUGGGAUAUCAACUAGUAAUACAUUAACAAUCUUUGUUUUGUAGCAGCACCUACAAAGACACAAUCUGCACAAGCUGAUCUUAGAGCAUAAGACAGACUUCAAAAUCAUGUGCAUCUCUGGAGGAAUGAGUAUAUGGAUGUCAGUACCUCUAGGCAGUGAGAGGAGGGAAGUUACACUGGAGAUUUUAUAUCCACAGAUUUUUGCUGGAAUCAACACAUUAAAGCCUCAAGGACAGAUAAAGUACAAAUCCAAGUAAGGCAGGGAACAAUGGAAAACAGUGGUCUUUUUUUCCUGAUAUCAUGAAAACAGUACUCAUGGAUUAUUGACCCACUUUCAGCCUUGGGGAAGCCAGAGGAGUUCUUGCCACAGACUUCAAGGGAGUUUUGAUCAGGCUUGGGAAAAAUGGCAUAUUUAAUUUUUAAUGUAUCACACUGGUUGGAGUUUAUGCCAAAUCAUCUAAACGUCUCCUCUCUAUGCACCAGUUGUGGCAGAAUGGCCAAGCAGAUGAGUGUUUGAGGUUGGUGAAAGCCCUUCAGUACUGAUGUGCUUCAUGCAGGGUUUAUCCCCUUGUCUUUCUGCACCAGCUGGUGCCAGUGAGGUGCCCUCCAAGGCAGCAAUACAUGGCACAAUGUCAUGGUCAGCUGGAAUUUUGGGCCACAGCACCGCUCACCAACAUGAACUGCUUUACCCACGUGAGUACUACUGAACUCGUGGCACAUAAAGAGCCAAGGAUGCCAAAUGUCUGUGUGGGGCAUCAAGCUCCCUCACCUGGUGUGACCUUUCAGUUCAGCAAUAUGGAAAGGGCAGGAUUUUCAAAUCUCAUCAUGAUUUCUCUCAAGAUGAGACCUGUUCAUGAUCCUCAUGUCAAGAAGCCAUUUCCCAGCAUGGUGGCCAGCAGAACUCACCUGCAUGUCACAGGCACAGCAGAUUUGAUGGGCUUACUGUCUGCUCCAUGUCCUUUGUAAAAGAAUGAAGCAUUACUACCUGAACCAUGUUUGCUCGUUUGGUUUAAGCAUUCCUGCUUGUUUAAAUUGCUGUUAAUCAAUAUGCUUCUGGUGAGGUGCUGCAGUAAUACAAACAAAGCAAGUUUAAGAGGCAAAAGACUACUUGGAAGAUGCCAGUGAUAACUCCACAGUGUGGCUGGAUUUUGGAGCUUCAAGUACUUAAUUUUUUCUUUUUUCUCAUGGACAAAUAUUAGUAAUUCAGAAACAUUGACUGCUCUUUCAGUCAUUUUUACAAAGACUUGGAAGAAAACUCAUGGUGGUUUAUCCCCUUAAUGAUUUUUUUUUUAUCACAGGGGUCAGUUUGGAAUCAAAAAUAGUAGAAAAAGAAGCCAGAUAUAUUCUAGUCUGUGUUGUUCUGAAAGUUUCCUUUUGCUUUUCUAAUAAAAAUUCCAUUUUCCCCUGAACAUUCUGCCUCUGACAGCACAUAUAAAACCUCAUGGCUCGUAUAUGCAGAUAUAUUUAGUGUCUUCAUCAUGGAACAAGCUGCAAUUCCCAUUUAAUUUCGUUGCCAACAGCAAGCAGUAACUGUGAACCACUGAUGUCCAUUUUUCAGAGUGUAAGGAGAGAAGAGAGUGGAUCUCUCCAGGUGUAGGAUGAGGAAUAGUCUGUGCCAUCACAUUUCUAUUCCAGGGAAACUUUUUCUAGAGUCCUUAUAGGCAGCUGACUUGUGUUAGAUCCUUGUCUCAGUUCCCCACAACUUUGCUGCUCUUUCAAUUGCCUUCAGAAUCAGGAGAUACCAACAAGUGAUGCUGAGGGAAGAAUUAAUUCCCACUGCCAUUAUUGAAAACUGUUUUCCUGCUAGAAACUUUUUGGGUUUAUUUGGUUUAAAAGAACCAAGGAAAACAUUUAACAACUUAUCAAGGCUUCAAACUCUUGGACUGUAUUUACCACCACUGCAAAAUCUCUGAAGCACUCCUUGAGUGCUUUUUAUGUUUUUUACCAAAGCCAAAUCUCUUGAACACUUUUUCCCUCCCAUGACCAGAUUUUCUUUGUAUUUUUCUCUGACUACACAAUCAAUUAUGGGUUUUUUCUCUAAUGGAGGGGAGUCUGACACAAUCAUUCAUUGACCUUUUAUUUAUUUAAUUUUUCAGUAUGAUAUGAAUCAAAAUAAAAUUUUUAUUGUAAUCAAAGCA